AUGCAGACCAGCGACAGCGAGAGCAUUUACGAUGAAGGCUCUAUCCUCGAGUCCAGCCAGUCUAUUGUGAGCUCGGUGUAUGACUAUCUGUGGGAGAAUGGGCGGAGGUACCAUGCAUACCGCCAAGGACAAUACCCCUUCCCCAACGACGAGCGCGAACAAGACCGUCUCGAUCUGAUGCACUGUCUCUGGAAAGAGCUUCUCAACGGUCGACUCUUCCGCUCGCCCAUCCACCAGGACACCGGCAUCCAACGGAUCCUCGACUUUGGCACCGGCACUGCCAACUGGGCGCUCGAAGUCGCUGAACUGUUUCCGCAUGUCGAAAUCCUAGGCUCUGAUCUCAGCCCCAUCCAGCCGAUCUACUCGCCGUCGAAUUGCAAGUUUUUCAUCGACGACGUGGAAAGCGAAUGGGUAUAUUCACCGCUCGAGUCGUUUGAUUUUAUACACGGUCGUGCGAUGGCAGGGAGUAUUGGUGAUUGGGAUCAAUUGUUGCGCAGGAUUCAUACCCAUUUGAAACCAGGCGGCUGGGUCGAGUUGCAGGAAUUUGAGUGUACGGUGACAUCGGACGAUGGCACGCAUCAGGGCCCGAAUCUGCUCCGAGAGUGGUGUGAAAGGCUCGAGGAAGCGAGUGUCCGGUUUGGGAAGCGUAUUGGGGUUGCAUCUAAUCUGAGGGAGAGGCUCGAGGCGGCUGGGUUCGUGGAUGUUGUUGAUGAUUCUUACAAGUGCCCAGUUGGCCCCUGGCCACGCGACCAACGACUCAAACGCAUCGGCAAGAUUCAUCUGGCCUGCUGUCUUGAGGGAAUUGAGCCGUAUUCCCUCGCCCUGUUUACACGGAUAUUAGGCGUCAGCUACGACAAAUUCCAGACUUCCAUGAAUGAGGUAAAGAAGGUGGCCAUGAAUCCGAGCAAGCACUUAUACGCCAAAUAUCAUUUCAUCUACGGCCGGAAACCAUCAAUUGAAGGGACUUGA